CUCGUUUUGAUGGUAUGCUUUGUAUUCUAUGUGAGUCAUUAACAUCAGUGGCACACAUUUUAGUGUGAUGCACAUGCUUCCACAUUAUCCUAUAGAUCGUGAACAACGUAUUAGUAUCUUAACAUCAAAAGCUUGGGUAGUUGUGUCUAUACUACUAGAUUGAAUCUUUAACACGUCUUGCGAAUGGACAUGUGACUUCUUGGAGCUAAGAAACGAUGGUGACAGUAUCUGGUCCUAAGAAGGCAAAAAAGGCGGUCCGUACUGCGUCUCAGCCUCUAGAGAAAGGGAAGGUCGAUGAUGCUGUAAAAACAAGUAUGAAGAACAAGACGAAGCAGCGCAAAGACCCGGCGAAGCAGCAGGACGCUGGGAAAAAGAAUGAAAAUGAUGGGAAAACAAAGGCGACGCAAGACGACGGCAUCACGAGUACGACCAAGAAGUGCAUCUUGUUUGCAGGAAAUUUGCCUUUCGAUUGCACACCGGAAAGUUUGAAGUCGCUGCUUCGCCGCUGCGAGCCAACGUCGAUUCGGCUCUUGACUAAUGCAAAGACGGGGGAUCCACGAGGCUGUGGAUUUCUGGAGUUCGGGGACGGAGCAGCGCUGCAGAAGGCUCUGAAGUACCACAACCACGCGAUUGGCGGGCGAAAAAUCCGUUUGGAGUUGCCGGCCGUCGGAAGCAACAAGGAGAAACGAGCACAGUCGACAAAGGAGAGGCACGAUGACCUGGCGAAACGACGGCGUGGAGAGUUCGAGAAAAGGUGCUCAGAACCUCCUACAGCAGGAGAGGGCACCCCAGCAAAGAAGCGACCGAAGAAGAACAAGCCCAGCAUAGUUGUCGACACGACUUCUCGUAAGAAGGCAGGUUCAGCCGCUCCUGCUGUGGAGAUUCAGACGUACGACCACCCCGAGGAGCAGCUGCACCAGAUGAAAGAAAAAUUUCGAUUGAACGGCGACGGCGUCUACUACCUGCGACGGAAUAAAUCGUGGCUCCUGGAGAGCAUCGACAAAUUCUGCCGGAUCCCGGAUAAAAGCAUCAAGGAUCCCACUGGGUGGAUGAUCAAAUUUGGUAAUCAGUUGAAGCGGGAGCGCGACCACCUUCCCCGCCUCCAUCCGAAAUUUGGCGACGAAGCGGAGGACGCCACAUCGGUAGCGGACGGCCGUGCUGAGACGAAGCUUGCGACACGGCAAGAGAACACGGCGACGACCGGUAAGGCCAUGGGCGAGCAACGGGACUACCGCAUCGAGGACGUGCGAUUUUCCGAAGACAUUGAGCUGCCAGCAGUUGCAGACGCUGAUUGUGUGCUCGCAGCAGGCAUCUUGUCCGAUGAGGAAGAAGAUGCGCCUCUGUUAAGCGGUUUUGCAACCACGCUAGCUCAUGACGGAGAACCUGAAAAAAGCCGGUUGCUGGCGUCAUGCACGUUGAACAAUGUCGCGCAAGCUACCCAGGAAUGCGUUCUGAGAAGCACGGAAAACAACGCCAGCGCAGCGAGCACACUAUGCUUCGUGGAGUCAGGAGCUGAAGGGACUGCGCAGACGAACGUUGCCAAGAAAAAAGGAUUUGAAACGGUGUUAGACCGCAUCGCUAGGGCCAACAAGAAGCAGAGUCGAACACAAGGAGCCCCCGAUCGAAAGGCUCAGACCAGGAAAGGAAGCUGCGUCGUAUCGAAAAAAAAAUACUAAAAAGAGAGCGACACCUUGGAAACGCUGACUCAUAGUAAAGGCCAUCGGAAAAGUUCCACAGAACGAUGCGUCGCAGGUGCUAGACGAUAGUUUUUAAGCUCUCAUGGUCCUUUGCUUGUCGAGUUGCCCUCUCUCUUACUCUCUUUUGCAAUGAAAAAUGCAAGAUGCAACCUGAAGAUAGAUUGAAAAGCUUUGG